CCACCCGUCGUAGUCCCAGCCUCCGGAAACAACAUUAUUAUUAGUCCACUGCAGCGGGGAAAUCAAGUCCUCCAGUGCAUACGAAAUGUUGGACAAGAGUUUGGCGACAUCGUUGCAGACUAUCAAGUAGGACGAACAACAGGUGUUUUAUUCCUGAGCUUGAGAUACCAUCGUCUUCAUCCAGAAUAUAUCCACGCUCGCAUCGAGAGGUUGGGUCGCUCCUACAACCUUCGAAUCCUGUUAAUUCUAUGCGACAUAACGGAACAUCGAGACUCCAUUCGUGAGCUCACGAAAGUUUGUUUAAUCAACAACGUCACUGUCAUCGUAUCCUUCUCGUUUGAUGAAGCCGGUCACUAUCUCUCAACAUUCAAACAAUUCGAACACAAACCUCCCGACCUUAUCAAAGAACGCGUUGACAAAGACUACCACUCGACUCUGCGCACGACAUUGACGUCUAUCGGCAAAGUCAAUAAAACUGAUGUUGAGACGUUGCGCACAUCAUUUGGCAGCUUUGCGGACAUUUCCCGAGCCACUUCUGACCAACUCCAGAAUCUACCCGGGUUUGGCCAAGUCAAAGUGAAGAACGUCAAGAAUGUGUUCGAUAAGCCUUUCCGUAACAAUGCUACC